AUGCUAGUGGAUUGUAUUUGUAAGCGGUGCAUUCAAAAGCAUUAUGCUAAAACAAACAACAAUUAAUGCUUUACGGAGCAUUCAUAAAGUCUUAAUAAUCAGUACAUAGACACUGUACCUCACAAAUCAUCUAUAAGCAAAGUCAUACUACAUGGUGACAUAAGCAGCAGCUGUCUUGAGUUCAAAGUCUGUUUAGCUACUUGAAAUCUGCUUGUGUUCAAUGAUGAUGAUGACAAUGAUUCAAUAAACAUUCUCUGUCUCUCUCUCCGUGCCGGGAGAAUUGUCAUGUCUUGCCUCGCCUCAGAGAGUGUCUGUCUAUGUAAUUCCUUGUGUGGCACUCAUCCGGAUGCCUGCUCAUUUGUUUAGACAGUCUGCACGUCUGAUUUCUCCCCAUGAAAGACAAUGUUCACUCGGUGACAAGCCGCUCACACUGGGUUGUCAUUCAACUGACAGCCAAUUAAGCAUGCUAAUGCUAAUUCAGUCGGCUUCACUUAACGUUUGUCGAACGUUUGUCCCUUUCCAGUCGGGUUGACUUAACGUUUCUCCCUCCCUUCUCUCGCAGAUUGUCAGCGUCGGAAAACAUGUCAAAGGCUACCAUUACAUCAUGGCUAAUUUGGUGAGGGAAAAAUCCUGGCAUGUCUUGACUACACCCUUUCUCUCUCUCUCUCUCUCUCCUCUCCUCUCUCUCCUCCUCUCUCUCUCCUCUCGCUCUCUCUCUCUCUCCCUCUCUCUCCUCUCUCUCUCUCUCUCCUCUCUCUCUCUCUCUCUCUCUCUCUCUCUCUAUAUAUAUAUAUAUAUAUAUAUAUAUAUAUAUAUAUAUAUCUCUCCUCUCUCUCUUCUCAUCUAUGUAAUUAGUAUUCAGCCCAUUUCCACAGUGACAGUGUAUUAAUGAUGUCCAGAGAAAGACAGCUCAGCGUGUGUGUGUUUACGUGUGUGUGUCCAUCUACCGUAUGUGCAUACUUGCGUGAGUGGGUGAGUGUGUGCAUGCGUAAGUGUGUGUGGGUGUGAGUGUGUGUGCGUUUGCGUGUGUGUGACACAGCAUUGGAGGCAUCAGAGCACUUGGCUGGGAGAGAUUACUGUUGGCACAAUCCUUCUUACCAGCCCUCUGCUAUUGAAGCAGGGAGUCAACACAAUUCAGACCCAACCGGUGAUCUUAGAAAAGGCUAGGGGAGAAUUCUGAGCACUGUUUGGUGUCCUUUUAUGUUGUGGUAUCACAUACAGUGUCCUGUCUCUGUUUCUCUCUCUUUCUCUCUCUCUUUGCCUCUCUCCCACUCCCUCUCUCUCUCUCCCCAUACCUUGCUUUAUUUCUAUCCCUCUUUCUAUUUACCUUUUGCCUACCUCCAUCACUCUCCUUACCUCUAUCUAUAAAUGUAAUUCUCUCUCUCUCUCUCUCUCUCUCUCUCUCUCUUCUUCCCUGCCCUCUGCCUCCAUCCAUCCCUAACGCUCCAUCUCCCCCCCCCCCCCCAGGGGUUUAAGGACAUCAACCUGGAGCGCUUCAUGCACGGAGGGGCCAACGUGUCGGGCUUUCAACUAGUGGACUUCAGCAACCCCAUGGUCAUCAAGCUGAUGCAGCGCUGGAACAAGCUUGACCAGAGGGAGUACCCGGGCUCCGACAGCCCCCCGAAGGUAACACCCUACCUGGGGGUUAAUAAGUCCUCUCUCAUCUUCACUAAUGUCCUGCCUUCUCCCCCAUCCACUGAAGAGCAACAGCCCCCUCCCAUGGUACACCAUGCCUGGGGUAAUAAAGGCCUCUCCCCUCUCUCCUAA